AUGGAAAAGGACCUGAGAAGAUUUCUGCAGCCCAGUCUCUUCCUUGUGCUGUACUUGUCGCACGUGAAGUCCAUCCAAACAGUUAAUCUGGUGGAUUUCUGUGGACAGACCAUCAGGGCUGAUGGGAUCAUUGUCAACUCACACCAAGAAGCUCAGAAGUACUAUUUUGUCACAGUCGGGACUGAUUGUAGAUUUACGGUGCAAGCCGUUUCGCCAAAGGACAAAGUUCAUUUCCAGUUUAGAUACUUUUUGGUAUAUAGCCUGCUGAGAGAGUCUUCUAUCCUUCAGCCCCUGACCUUGCCUCCUCACCUGCAGCGCAAUGCAACAGGACCUCUUGACACAUGCAAUGCUGGAUCAUACGUGCAAUUUUAUGAUGGUAAGGAUAGAACUUCUUCACCAAUUGGCUCUCUUUUAUGUGGAAAGAACAUCCCCAAGCCAAUUUUAUCAACUGGCAACUACCUAACUCUGAGACUGGUCACCAGAGGUCAACAGCCCAGGGUGGACUUUAUUGGACAUUUCACAUCUUACAGGCCUGGUUUGAAAUCUUCAGAGUGCAGUGGAGAGGCAUAUUUUCAAUACCAAAAUGGAAACUGUAUUCCGAUGAGUCUGGUCUGUGAUUCAGAAAGUAUUGACAACUGUAGUGAUGCAAGUGAUGAGUCAGCAUUUCUUCCAGACAAAUGUAGAGAUGAUCCUGUGCACUGUGCCAGGAUCAUCUGA